CGCGGCGUCAUGACGUAGUACGUAGGGGCUGGCUAGCCGCCAUCUUGCUUCUUUUUCUCUGUUCGCUCUCGCCCUCUCAGGAGGCAGCCCAAGUGCUUUGGCGGUUUGUCCAUCCGUGGCUUGGGCUUUCCUGGUCUUGUGGCCCUGCGGACGGUCCGUCGGGCUUCGGCUUCCCUCUCCUGCGUCGGAUCGGAGCCCAGUGAGCCCCUGGAAGCGUGCAGACGACUCACCCUGGCGGACUACUUUUAAGGAGUGUGGCAGGAGGUUUUGGACUCGAUGAGUUUCCACCGAAAUGUCGGAGAAGUCAGGCCAGAGCACAAAAGCAAAGGAUGGGAAAAAGUAUGCAACACUCAGUUUAUUUAAUACUUACAAAGGCAAAUCUUUGGAAACUCAGAAGACCACAGUUGCAGCUCGACAUGGGUUACAAAGUCUUGGAAAAGUUGGCAUUUCCCGGCGGAUGCCUCCACCUGCUAACCUCCCAAGUCUGAAAGCAGAGAACAAAGGCAAUGAUCCAAAUGUGAAUAUCGUACCUAAAGAUGGCACAGGAUGGGCAUCAAAACAAGAGCAGCAUGAAGAAGAAAAAGUCCCAGAAGUAUCACCAGCACAGCCAAAACUUGGGGUUGCAGCACCCCCAGAAGUAGCACCUGCUCCCAAAUCAUGGGCCAGUAACAAGCAAGGUGGGCAAGGAGAUGGAAUCCAAGUGAAUAGUCAAUUUCAGCAGGAAUUUCCCAGUCUGCAGGCAGCUGGAGAUCAAGAAAAAAAAGAAAAGGAAACGAAUGAUGAAAACUAUGGACCUGGACCCAGUUUACGCCCACCAAAUGUUGCUUGCUGGAGAGAUGGUGGUAAGUCUGCUGGCUCACCUUCAUCUGAUCAGGAUGAGAAGCAGCUUGGCCAGGAUGAAAGUACAGCUAUAACAUCAGAACAAAAUGACAUCCUUAAAGUGGUGGAAAAGAGGAUAGCUUGUGGUCCUCCACAGACCAAACUGAACGGACAGCAGCCUGCCCUUGCUUCUCAGUAUAGAGCUAUGAUGCCUCCAUAUAUGUUUCAGCAGUAUCCAAGGAUGGCAUAUCCUCCUGUACAUGGUCCCAUGAGGUUCCCUCCUUCUUUAUCUGAAACAAAAGGCCUUCGAGGACGAGGGCCUCCUCCUUCAUGGGCUUCUGAGCCUGAGCGCCCAUCCAUACUUAGUGCAUCAGAACUGAAGGAACUCGAUAAAUUUGAUAACCUGGAUGCUGAAGCUGAUGAAGGUUGGGCAGGUGCUCAGAUGGAAGUAGAUUAUACAGAACAACUGAAUUUCAGUGAUGACGAUGAGCAAGGAAGUAGCAGUCCUAAAGAGAAUAACAGUGAGGAUCAAGGUCCAAAAACUGAAAAUACAGAAAACCAAAAAGAAGGAGAUGAAGCUAAUAGUACUAAAUCAUCUCAGAUACCUGCUCAGCCACCAGUAGCAAAAGGUUCCUAUGGGAAAGGACCCCCAUUUAAUCAGGAACGUGGACCAUCUUCACACCUGCCACCACCUCCCAAGUUGCUUGCACAGCAGCAUCCCCCACCUCCAGAUCGACAAGUCCCUGGAAGACCAGGCCCUUUUCCUCCCAAGCCUCAGGUCCCUGAUAAUGAUGAAAUAUGGAAGCAAAGGCGAAAACAGCAGUCUGAAAUUUCUGCAGCAGUGGAACGGGCUCGUAAACGGCGAGAAGAGGAAGAGCGAAGAAUGGAGGAACAAAGGAAGGCAGCCUGUGCAGAGAAACUGAAACGAUUGAAUGAGAAGCUUGGUAUCAUAGAAAAACAGCCUUCUCCAGAGGAAAUAAGAGAAAGGGAGAGAGAAAAGGAACGGGAGCGGGAGAAAGAACUUGAGAAAGAACAGGAGCAGGAACGAGAAAAGGAGAGGGAAAAGGAAAGGCAGAGACAGCAAGAAAAAGAGAAGGAGCUGGAGAAGGAACAGGAAAAACAGAGGGAAAUGGAGAGGGAAAGAAAGCAAGAAAAGGAGAAAGAAUUAGAACAGCAGAGAGAAAAGGAAAAGGAACUACAAAAGGCGAAAGAGCCAGAAAAAGAUAAUGAGUUGAAGGAAAGAGAGAAUGCAGAAGAAAGAGUAGAACCCAAGGAGGCCAUUUCAGACCCUGCGACAGAAACAACAGAAGGUGAAAGCAGCUCUAAUAAAGAGGAGGAGCCAAUUUUCACUAGACAAGACAGCAAUCGUAGUGAAAAGGAAAUCACACAAGUGGUGCAUGAAACAGAAACUGAAUCAGGGUCUCAACCCCGACCUGCUGUAUUAUCUGGCUAUUUCAAACAGUUUCAGAAAUCAUUGCCACCACGAUUCCAGAGGCAGCAGGAGCAGAUGAAACAACAACAGUGGCAACAGCAGCAACAACAAGGUGUCCUCCCACAGACUGUUCCUUCACAGCCAUCUAGUAGUACAGUCCCUCCUCCACCACACAGAUCUCUUUACCAGCCCAUGCAGCCCCACCCACAACAUUUGGCUCCUAUGGGUUUUGAUCCAAGGUGGCUCAUGAUGCAGUCCUACAUGGAUCCUCGAAUGAUGUCAGGAAGACCUGCUAUGGAUAUUCCACCCAUUCAUCCUGGAAUGAUUCCUCCUAAGCCAUUAAUCAGAAGAGACCAGUUAGAAGGGACACCAAACAAUUCUGAGUCAUUUGAGCAUAUGGCUCGAUCUGCAAGAGAUCAUGGAAUUUCCCUUUCUGAACCUCGAAUGAUCUGGGGAUCAGAUCCCUAUCAUGCUGAGCCUCAGCAGGCAGCUACUCCCAAGUCAGCUGAAGAACCUGAGGAUGUAAGACCUGAAUCUGCAUUGGACCAGGAACAGAUUACUGCUGCUUAUCCUGCAGAACAUAGUCAGCUGGAAACUCAUCCAAAAGCAGACACCAUCAGAGAAUCAACUGAGACAGAAGGACAAAAGUUUCUAAGCAGAUCUGUGGAAGAUGUAAGACCUCACCAGGCUGAUACAAAUAAUCAAUCUGCUUGUUUUGAAGUAACUGAUCCAAAGACGCCUCCUGAAGAGCGAAUUUCAACUCUAGAAAGUCAGCCUGCCCGGAAAAGAAGUGUUUCCCAUGGAUCUAACCAUGUUCAGAAAUCAGAAGAGCAAAGAAAUGAGCCAUCUGUAAGCAUCCCUAAAGUAACCAGCAGAUGUAUUGAUUCUAAAGAACCUGUGGAGAAACCAGAGGAGAAGCCAAGAAGGGAUGGCUUUCUGCGUUCCUCUGAAGGACCCAAACCAGAGAAGGUAUAUAAAUCCAAAUCAGAAACUCGUUGGGGCCCACGGCCAAACUCCAACAGAAGAGAGGAAGGUAAUGAUAGGCCUGUGAGAAGAUCAGGUCCCAUUAAAAAGCCUGUACUUAGAGAUAUGAAAGAAGAGCGGGAACAGAGAAAAGAGAGGGAAGGUGAAAAGGUUGAAAAGAUCACUGAAAAGGUUGUUAAACCAGAAAAAACAGAAAAGAAAGAGUUUCCUUCUCCACCACCUCCAGCACCAGUUCACCCACAAUCACUUCCACCACCAGUACAACCAGAACCAGAGAAACUGCCAUCAACAGAAACAUCAGCUUUGGUGCAGAAACCAUCUCAAGAUAAUGACAAGCCUUUGGAACCUGUGGCUAGUGUUCAGGUAGAGCCUGCAGUUAAAACUGUAAACCAACAAACUGUUGCAGCACCAACAACCAAAGAAGAAAAGCAGCCUGAGAAAGUCAUCAGCAAAGACGUUGGUAUAGAACGACCUCGACCAGAUACUAGACCAGUAGUUAAAAAAGAAUCAGCUUUACCCCCUAGGACCUAUUGGAAAGAAGCUAGAGAUAGAGAUUGGUUUCCUGAUCAAGGAUAUAGGGGCAGAGGCAGAGGUGAAUAUUACUCUAGAGGUCGAAGUUAUAGAGGCUCUUAUGGGGGUCGUGGCAGAGGUGGUAGAGGGCACACUCGAGAGUAUCCUCAGUAUAGAGACAAUAAGCCAAGAAUAGAACAUGUGUCCUCAGGACCUCUCAGACAACGAGAAGAAAGCGAAACACGAAGUGAGAGUUCUGAUUUUGAAGUUGUUCCCAAAAGACGACGACAGCGGGGUUCAGAGACUGACACUGACAGUGAAAUUCAUGAAAGUGCAAGUGACAAGGAUAGUUUAAGCAAGGGCAAACUUCCCAAAAGAGAAGAGCGGUCCGAAAACAAAAAGCCUAUCAAGCCUCAACCCUCUUUUAAGCCUGAAAAUCAUGUCCGAAUAGAUAAUAGGCCUCUAGAAAAACCUUACAUAAGAGAUGAGGAUAAAUCUAAACCAGGCUUCCUUCCUAAAGGGGAGCCUACAAGGCGAGGCAGAGGAGGAACAUUCAGACGUGGUGGAAGGGAUCCUGGAGGCCGACCAUCCCGCCCUGCCACCUUGCGAAGACCUGCUUAUCGGGACAAUCAGUGGAACCCAAGGCAGGCAGAAGCUCCUAAGCCAGAAGAUGGAGAGCCAGCAAGAAGACAUGAACAGUUUAUUCCUGUACCAGCAGAUAAACGACCUCCAAAAUUUGAGCGAAAAUUUGACCCAGCUAGAGAGAGACCCCGAAGGCAGCGUCCUACCCGACCACCAAGGCAAGAUAAGCCUCCUCGAUUUAGACGGCUAAGAGAGAGAGAGGCUGCUUCAAAGACAAAUGAGGUGCUGGUGCCCACAAAUGGCACCGUUAAUACUGUGGUUCAAGAACCAGUUACUUCUGUGGGGGACCUUUCUGGGAAUAAGACACCAGAUUUGUCUAAUCAGAACUCGUCAGAUCAGGCAAAUGAAGAAUGGGAGACAGCUUCUGAAAGCAGUGAUUUUAAUGAGAGGCGUGAGAGGGAAGAAAAAAAAAAUGCUGAUUUGAGCUCACAAGCAAUUGUAAAGGCUGGAGAGAAUGGUUUGGUUCCAAAGAGAGAAAUAGCAAAGAGAAGUUUUUCUAGUCAGAGACCUGGAGUUGAUCGCCAGAAUCGACGUGGCAACAAUGGCCCGCCCAAGUCAGGAAGGAAUUUCUCUGGUCCUAGAAAUGAAAGAAGAAAUGGCCCACCAUCAAAAAGUGGAAAAAGAGGGCCAUUUGAUGACCAGUCUUCAGGCACAGCUGGUAUCGACCCUGUCAGUGGUAACUCUGCACACAACCAGGAGGGAGCACCUAAUGGUGCAGGACAAAAGAAUUCCAAAGAUAAUACUGGGAAAAAGAGAGAGGAUACCAAACCAGGUCCUAAGAAGCCUAAAGAAAAAGUAGAUGCUUUAUCACAGUUUGAUCUCAACAAUUAUGCAAGUGUUGUUAUAAUUGACGAUCAUCCUGAAGUAACUGUAGUUGAGGACUCCCAGUCAAAUUUGAAUGAUGACGGCUUUACUGAGGUGGUAUCCAAAAAACAACAGAAGCGCUUGCAGGAUGAAGAACGCCGAAAGAAGGAAGAACAAGUCACCCAGGUAUGGAACAAAAAAAAUACAAAUGAAAAAGGAAGAAGCCAGACAUCUAAGCUUCCUCCAAGAUUUGCCAAAAAACAGGCUACAGGGACCCAACCAGCUCAGUCUCUAGCCUUGGCUUCAGUUCCAAUCUCAACCUCAGCUACAGUUUUAACAUCAACAGCCGCUUCAGUUCCAGCCUCCACCCCAGCACCAGUUCCAGUUUUGGCAUCAGCCACAGCUCUAGUUCCAGCAUCAACCAUAGCUCCAGUUCUAACCUCAACUCCAACUCCAGUUCCAACAUCAGCCGCAGCCCCUGUUCCAGCAUCUACAUCACCUACCAUCACAGUCUGUUCCUCACCUCCAGUCUCAAUCCCAGCUCCAACACCUAUCCUUGCAUCAGCCUCAACUACAGCUUCUGUCCCCAUUCUUGCUUCACCUUCAGUUCCUAUCCUCACUUCAGCCUUAGCACCAGCUUCAGUUUCUUCUCCAACACCAGUAGUCUCAGCUCCAGCUGUGCCAACUCUAUCAACUCCAGCUGCCCCAGCCUCAGCCCCAACAGCCUCAGUUCCACUUGCCCCAGCCCCAGCUACAACUACUACCCCAGCCCCAACUGCUCCAGUACAGACUCAGGCGCAGACCCACAAACCAGUCCCAAGUCCACUUCCUACUUCAGCACAGUCUUCAAAACAGCCACCACCUUCAAUUAGGCUACCUUCAGCUCAAACAUCUAAUAACACAGAUUAUGUAGCCACAGGAAAAUCCAUCCAGACCCCACAGUCACAUGGCGCUCUUGCAGCUGAAUUAUGGGAUAACAAAGUGGCCCCUCCAGCUGUGCUAAAUGACAUCUCUAAAAAAUUGGGUCCUAUUAGUCCACCACAGCCACCUUCAGUAAGUGCGUGGAAUAAGCCCUUAACAUCAUUUGGAUCAGCUACUUCAUCAGAGGGAGCAAAGAAUGGUCAAGAGAAUGGCGUUGAAAUUGGAAUUGACACAAUUCAGUUUGGUGCUCCAGCUUCAAAUGGGAAUGAAAAUGACGUUCCUGUGCUUUCGGAAAAAUCUACCGACAAAAUUCCUGAACCUAAAGAACAACGUCAGAAACAGCCACGGGCGGGGCCUAUCAAAGCUCAGAAGCUUCCAGAUUUGAGUCUGAUAGAAAACAAGGAACAUAAACCUGGUCCCAUUGGAAAAGAACGAUCAUUGAAAAAUAGAAAAGUGAAAGAUGCCCAACAGGUGGAGCCAGAAGGACAAGAGAAGCCAAGCCCUGCUGCAGUCAGAAGCACAGAUCCUGCCACAACAAAAGAAACAAAAGUAGUCUCAGAAAUGACUGCUGAAAUAGGAACAAUGAUCUCGGUAUCUUCUGCAGACUUUGGCACUGGUGUAAAGGAGUCUGUAACAGACUACACUACACCUUCUUCUUCUCUGCCUAACACUGUGGCUACUAAUAAUGCAAAGAUGGAAGAUACUUUGGUUAAUAAUGUGCCCCUGCCCAACACCCUUCCCCUCCCUAAGAGGGAGACUGUACAACAAAGCUCCAGCCUAACUUCAGUUCCUCCCACUACUUUCAGCCUCACCUUCAAGAUGGAGUCCGCACGCAAGGCAUGGGAGAAUUCUCCAAAUGUAAGGGAAAAAGGAUCUCCAGUAACAUCCACAGCUCCUCCUAUUGCAAGUGGAGUCAGCAGUAGUGCCAGUGGGCCAGGAACUGCUAAUUACAACUCAUUCUCCAGUGCAUCAAUGCCUCAGAUACCUGUCGCUUCAGUCACUCCUACAACAUCACUAUCAGGAGCCGGUACUUACACUACCUCCUCUUUGAGUACAAAAUCUACAACAACAUCAGACCCUCCUAAUAUUUGUAAAGUAAAGCCUCAACAGUUACAGACGAGUAGCCUGCCUUCUGCAAGUCAUUUCUCACAACUAAGCUGCAUGCCUUCUCUUAUUGCCCAGCAACAACAGAGUCCACAAGUUUAUGUUUCUCAGUCAGCAGCAGCUCAGAUCCCAGCUUUCUAUAUGGACACGAGUCAUUUAUUCAAUACCCAGCAUCGACUGGCCCCACCAUCCCUCGCUCAGCAGCAGGGCUUCCAGCCAGGCCUCUCGCAGCCAACAUCUGUUCAGCAGAUUCCAAUUCCUAUAUAUGCCCCACUGCAAGGGCAGCAUCAAGCCCAGCUGAGUUUGGGGGCUGGUCCUGCUGUUUCCCAGGCCCAGGAAUUAUUCAGUUCUUCAAUUCAACCAUAUAGGUCACAGCCAGCCUUUAUGCAAAGCAGUCUAUCCCAGCCUUCUGUGGUUCUUUCUGGUACUGCCAUCCACAACUUCCCAGCUGUCCAACACCAGGAGCUUGCCAAGGCACAAUCAGGUCUUGCCUUUCAACAAACUUCAAAUACUCAGCCUAUCCCUAUACUGUAUGAACAUCAGCUGGGGCAGGCAUCAGGACUAGGAAGUUCUCAGCUGAUUGAUACACAUCUUCUUCAGGCUAGAGCAAAUCUUACUCAGGCCUCAAAUCUUUACUCUGGACAAGUACAGCAGCCUGGUCAGACAAAUUUUUAUAACACUGCCCAAUCACCAAGUGCUCUUCAGCAGGUAAACUAUGGCAUGGUUACAGUACCUUUACCAGCAUCCCAGCUUUCCUUGACUAAUUUUGGAUCUACAGGACAGCCUCUGAUUGCUUUGCCUCAAACUCUUCAGCCCCAGUUACAGCAUACAACCCCACAAGCACAGGCUCCAAGUCUGAGCCGUCCUGCACAAGUCAGCCAGCCUUUCAGAGGCUUAAUACCUGCUGGAACACAGCAUAGCAUGAUGGCAACCACGGGAAAAAUGUCUGAAAUGGAGCUAAAAGCCUUUGGGAGUGGCAUUGAUAUCAAGCCAGGCACACCUCCUAUCGGUGGUAGAAGCACCACACCAACAUCUAGUCCCUUCCGGGCUACUUCAACAAGUCCAAACAGCCAGUCCAGCAAAAUGAGCAGCAUUGUCUAUCAGAAGCAGUUCCAGUCAGCCCCUGCCACUGUGAGAAUGACACAACCGUUUCCUACACAAUUUGCACCCCAGAUUCUCUCUCAGCCUAACCUGGUCCCUCCAUUGGUAAGAGCCCCACAUACUAACACCUUCCCAGCGCCUGUACAGAGGCCACCAAUGGCACUGGCCAGUCAGAUGCCUCCUCCGCUGACCACAGGCCUCAUGAGCCAUGCUCGUUUGCCACAUGUAGCCAGGGGUCCUUGUGGAUCACUAUCUGGAGUCAGAGGUAAUCAGGCCCAGGCUGCGUUGAAGGCUGAACAAGACAUGAAGGCAAAGCAGAGAGCAGAGGUUCUUCAGUCCACGCAACGGUUCUUCUCUGAACAACAGCAGAACAAACAGAUAGGAGGCAAGGUCCAGAAAGUGGACAGUGAUUCGAAUAAACCUCCUGAAACACUGACUGACUCUCCUGGUGCGUGUCAGGAAAAAGUAGAAGAAAAGCCACCUCCUGCACCCACCAUAACCACCAAACCUGUUAGAACUGGACCAAUCAAACCUCAGGCGAUCAAAACCGAAGAAACAAAAUCUUAAAGGCUGUGGUUUAUUGUAGGGCAUUAAGGGAGAGGGGAGGGGGGACAGGGAAAAUGAAGUCAGAUAAUGCCAGUGGCCACAGAGGUAAAAUGGUCUGUGACAUCCUGUCUAAAGCUUGGAGGUACACAAGGGACAUGAGAGCAUUUUACUGCCGUGCCAGUUAAAAUGAGGCUUUACAAGCUUGCACCUACUAUGUAACAUUUGCUCGGUUGACAUGAUCUUUGGUCAGUUUAUAUACAAGUACGUGCACCUAUUCCCUAAGUGCAUAUAAUUUAGACCUAAAGAUCUCUGUGAUGAGAUGAAAACCAGAAAUAGGAAAAUGAUACCACAGGGGAGUAAUUCAGCCUGGACAGUGAGUAGUCCCAUUACCACAUCAGCUGUGGUUUCUUUACACCCUUGUGUUCUUUGGAUGUGGCUGUGGCAUUUCUAGGCUUGGAGGUAAACUGACAAUAACUGGUGCUGGACAGAGGAGCCUUAUUUUUUAUUAUGGCAGCUUGCUAUUUUUGUAAUGUGACUGGGUUGAACACAAUCAAAGUACAGUAGUAACUGAUCUCCCCUUCCUGGAUGAGUGAGCAGAUGAUGAAAUACUGAUGUCAGCAUCCUUGAGCAUAUUCACAUGAGCAUCAUUUAGCUUCUGCUUCUAUCUGAAAUGAUGCUGUGUUUCGAUUGUGGUCAGAAGCACUGAAGCUCGGCAUCUCCCCCCUUCCUUGGAGCUCUCCCCAUUCAAACAGGACAGAUUGGGUAAAGUACUAGUGAGGUGGAGUCUUGCUUGCCUCCACUCAGUCAUCUUUGUAUGAAUCCAGUAGUUAUGGAGUUUUGUUUUAGGAUAAUUUUUUUCUUGGUGUCUCCCCCAACUCCGUGGUUUUUUGGUUUUUUUUUGUUUGUUUGUUCGUUUUGUUUUUUAAUAACGGUUUUUAGCUGAUGUUCAUGAAGAGAGUGAAUACUGAGAUCUGUGCCACUAAUGAAAGGAAAUCUGUCUAAGAGUGCACUUCCUUACAGAGCUGUGUCAUACCAUACUUUGGGCCCUCUGCUAGAAAA